GCGAGGCCGCUUACUACAGUUCGAGUUUUGCUGCUGUCCGUAGGAUAGCGAUUGCAAUAAAAGCCGCAGAAGCUUUUCACAUCUCUCUCUCUCUUCUUCUUCUUCGGUUUUUGGAUUGAUAUGGCUUUUCUGAGUCAGAGAAAGAAGGAAACAGCUUGAAAAAAGCUCUUUCAUGGCGAUCUCGAAGAUCGAGCUCGAAACGAGCGCUUGGUGGCGUUUCGGAGCUGCGGGAGUCGGGAUUUCGGACGGGAAGCUCUUCGUUUCGGAAGGUUUUGUUUGAAGAAGCUCGAGGAGAGGUUGUCAGGAUCCAUAUUGCAGGGAUUUAUAGUUUGAUUGGAUUUCGAAAACACUAGGCUUAUGUCUGUUGCGAUUGGGACGUGAAUUUCUGCUCCGGAGCUUCCGUUUGGAUGGAGAAAUGGAUGAAAUUGACACGGCAGGAUCGGUGUGGAGAAAGGGUCUCGGUGUCAUCUUCGAAUGAGUUUUUUUGACGCCAGGGUUUGAAAAUGAAGCUUUCUACCUCAGGAUUAUCUCAGCAGUCUCAAGAAGAAGAGAAGAGAUGCUUGAAUUCGGAGCUCUGGCAUGCUUGCGCUGGGCCACUUGUGUCGUUGCCGACGAUCGGCAGCCGUGUUGUUUAUUUUCCUCAGGGUCAUAGUGAGCAGGUUGCAGUGUCGACGAAUAAAGAAGUUGACGGGCACAUACCCAAUUACCCGAGCUUGCCUGCUCAACUGAUCUGCCAACUUCACAAUGUUACAAUGCACGCAGAUGUGGAAACAGAUGAAGUAUAUGCUCAAAUGACCUUGCAACCAUUAAACCUGCAAGAACAAAAGGAUGCGUAUCUUCCUGCUGAGCUGGGUAUUCUGAGCAAGCAGCCAACGAAUUAUUUCUGUAAGACAUUGACUGCAAGUGAUACUAGUACUCAUGGAGGGUUCUCUGUCCCUCGUCGUGCAGCUGAAAAAGUGUUCCCUCCACUGGAUUUCUCACAGCAGCCACCAGCUCAGGAGCUUAUUGCAAGGGACCUGCAUGAUGUUGAGUGGAAGUUUCGGCAUAUUUUUCGAGGCCAGCCCAAAAGGCAUCUUCUUACUACGGGCUGGAGUGUGUUUGUCAGCGCCAAGAGACUUGUAGCUGGGGAUUCUGUUCUUUUCAUAUGGAAUGAAAAGAAUCAGCUUUUGUUGGGAAUCCGGCGUGCCAGUCGACCACAAACUGUGAUGCCUUCAUCUGUUCUAUCCAGUGAUAGCAUGCACAUAGGACUCCUUGCUGCUGCAGCUCAUGCUGCUGCCACAAACAGUCGUUUCACUGUUUUUUACAACCCAAGAGCUAGCCCAUCUGAGUUUGUCAUACCUCUUUCAAAAUAUGUCAAAGCAGUAUUUCACACACGAGUAUCAGUUGGAAUGCGUUUUCGGAUGCUCUUUGAGACUGAGGAAUCAAGUGUCCGUAGGUACAUGGGUACUAUAACUGGCAUAAGUGAUUUGGAUCCUGUUCGCUGGCCAAAUUCUCACUGGCGAUCUGUCAAGGUUGGUUGGGAUGAGUCAACAGCAGGUGAGAGACAGCCAAGGGUGUCGUUGUGGGAAAUCGAGCCUUUAACAACAUUUCCCAUGUAUCCGUCAUUAUUUCCUCUCCGGCUGAAACGACCUUGGCAUCCUGGAGUGCCUUGUUUCAAUGAUAUUAAAGAAGAUGAAACUAAUGGCUUCACCUGGCUGAGAGGGGAUACCAGAGAACAGGGCCUCCAUUCCAUGAAUUUCCAGCCACUUGGAAUGGGACCUUGGAUGCAGCAGAGGCUUGAUCCUGUACUGCUAGGAAAUGGCCAUGAUCAGUACCAAGCAAUGGCAGCAGCAGCACUGCAGGAUAUAAGAAGUGGGGAUUCUAUGAAACAGCAAUUUCUGCACUUUCAACCAACUUUCCAAUCUUCUCAACAGAUGGGCAGACCCAACUCAUUACUGCAGCAGCAAACUAUUCAACAAAUACAACCUCAUCAGAUCCUGCAAACCCAGCCACUGAAUGCAUCGGAAAACCAAUCUGUGAAUCACCUUCUGCAGCAGCAAUUGCCACAAGUAUUUAAUGAUCAUCAAAAGCAUCAGGUGCAACAACAACAACAAACCUAUCAAGAGACAUUUCAGAUUCCAAACAAUCGGAUGCACCAAUCACCUUUGUCUACACCGUUGUGUCAGAAAUCAGUCUUUCCAGAUUCAACUGUGAACUUCUCAUCUGCUUUAACUCCUACCUGCAUACAGAGCAUGUUGGGUUCAUUGUCUCCAGAAGGAAGCACCAAUCUUACAAACUUCUCGAGAAUGGGUCAGUCAAUUAUGACUGAGCAGCACCAGCAACCCUGGGUCCCAGAAUUUGUCAUGCCACAGGUCAGUCCUUUCGGCAGUGCAAUAUCUCUUCCACCCUUCCCUGGGAAAGAUUGUGGCUUGGAUUCACAAAAUUGUACUGCGGAUUCCCGGACACAUACCUUGUUUGGUGUUAAUAUAGACUCUCGAAAUCUCCCUGCUCAAGUGACUAAUCUUGGUUCUGCUGCAAUUGGCACCGAAGUAUCCACCAUGCCAUUUGCUACUUCUGGAUUUCAGAAUUCUCUGUACAGUUGCAUAGGUGAUUCCUCGAGUUUGCUGCAAAAUGCAUGUCAAGUUGACCCAGGAACCAGAACAUUUGUGAAGGUUUACAAGUCAGGGUCAGUUGGGAGGUCAUUGGACAUCACUCAGUUCAGCAGCUACAAUGAGCUGCGGGAGGAGCUAGGUCGAAUGUUCGGGAUUGAGGGGCAGUUGGAAGACCCUCUGAGAUCAGGCUGGCAGCUUGUAUUUGUCGACAGGGAGAACGAUGUGCUUCUCCUUGGAGACGACCCAUGGCAGGCAUUUGUGAAUAAUGUGUGGUAUAUCAAGAUACUUUCACCUGAUGACAUUCAGAAAUUGGGGGAGGAUGUGGAGCCCUUAAAUCCAACUGGAAGUCGGAAGCUGAGCAAUAGUAUCUGCGAGGUGUAGAAUCUUCUUUCUGGGCUACCCUCUGUUGGCCUGCUUGAAUAUUGAAAGGAUACAAAGCGGUUUGCUGCUAAUGUACUUUUGGAAGGGUUCCAAAUUCCCAAGUGCUGUGUACUGGUAAUUAUGUAACUUAGGUACUAUCAAUAGUGAGUAGGACCUUGAUUUCCUUUGUAAUAUAUGAAUCCACAUGUGCAAACCUGAUGUCCUUUAACUAUAUGGCUUGUAGUCAAUGACUAGAGCACUCAUUUCUUGUAUUACUCAGUUGCAAUCAAUAAGUAUACUAUAGUAGUUGGAGUGA